AUGUUUCAUGCUAUUUUUCUUGUCCUUUCCAGACUUUAUGAUUUGAUAAUUGAGUGCAGGCGGGUAUUAAAGUGGACAUAUGCAUAUGGAUUCUAUUUAGCGGAGCAUGAGCAUGCGAAAAAGCAGUUCUUUGAGUACUUGCAAGGUGAGGCUGAAUCAGGUUUAGAGAGACUUCAUCAAUGUGCCGAAAAGGAACUCCAAGUAUUCCUCAAUGGUGAUGGCCCAUCUAAAGAUUUCAAUGAUUUUCGCACAAAGCUAGCUGGAUUGACCAGUGUGACUAGAAACUACUUUGAGAAUUUGGUUAGGGAAUUAGAGAAUGGUUUAUGCGAUGUGGAUAGCAAUGGAGCUGCUUCCAGUAAAGCAACGGGUUCAAAAAAUGCUGCAGGGAGCAGCAAGGGAAGAGGCGGAAGAGGAAAGGGGACGGUUCGAGCUAGCAUGUCCAGCAGAAUUACUGAUGAUAAUCAUUGGUCUUGUGAGCAAUGUACCUAUGCGAAUGUCAGAUCUGCCACUGCAUGCCAGAUCGUCUUCACUCGUGAAGGAAAUGAUCUGGUAGCCACUCAGAAGAUCUCUCUUGCAGAAGCAUUAUCCGGCUGCACAGUGAAUCUCACGACACUUGAUGGUAGAAACUUGACUAUAAUCGUCAACAAUGUCGUUCAUCCUGAGUAUGAGGAAGUUGUUCCAAGAGAAGGAAUGCCACUGCCAAAGGAUCCAACAAAGAAGGGAAACUUGAGGAUAAAGUUCAACAUCAAAUUCCCACCUCGGCUCAAUGCAGAUCAGAAAUCGGGAUUGAAGAAAGCUGGAUUUAGGUACCAUCAUGCUGAGUCAGAUUACUUGAUGCUUGUAUAUUGGAUCCCUCAUACCCCUGAUAGCAUUCCUGCAAAUGCUUCACACCGUCUCGGCGUUGGUGCUUUUGUCGUCAAUAACAAAAGAGAGGUGCUUGUGGUUCAGGAAACCAGUGGUAGAUUUGGAGGCACAGGUGUAUGGAAGAUGCCUACUGGAGCUGUUAAUGAAGGCGAGGAUAUUUGUGAUGCUGUAAUUAGAGAAGUGAAGGAAGAGACAGGGGUAGAGACAGAGUUUGUUGAAGUUUUAGCUUUCAGGCAAAGCCAUAAAUCUUUUUUUCAGAAAUCAGACUUGUUCUUUGUUUGCAUGUUGCAACCUCAAUCCUUUGACAUUCAAAGUCAGGCCUCAGAAAUUGAAGCAACUAAGUGGAUGCCUGUUGAAGACUAUGCAGCCCAACCUUUUGUGCAAGAAAACGAGCUCUUUGAUUUUAUUGCGAAAAUAUGCUUAUCGAAGUUGAAUGACAACUACACUGGUUUUUCUAACGUACCUACUACUACAUCUUCUGGCAAAAAAACUUAUCUGUAUUUAAACAAUGAUGCUAUUGGUAGCCACUUGUUAGCUUCCAAAGAGAAAGCUUAG